AUGGCUAGUUUUAACACCAGCGUGAAUUGCACCGUGUCGGCAGUUACUGAUGACUCCACGCGCAUUGCCAUCGCGGGAAGAUUGAUUCUGAUGUCGACCAUCUUUCUCCUAAACACGCUAGUUCUCGUAACGCUCGUUCGAGGACGCCACGCGGAAUUCAGGGACAUAAAGUACUGGUUUCUCAGGUCGCACGUGCUCUCCGACAUCUUCGUCUCUCUCAUCUACAUCACCUUCGUGGUUCUCAAGUACAGCCAGACUUUCUGCGAGACGAUUUUGGCGUGCAUGGUCUCGUUCUCGUUGCUCAUGUUCUCCAACCAGCUGUCGACCAUGAGCCUGCUGUUUGUCAGUGUCGACCAGUACAUCGCCAUCGUGCAUCCGCUCCGUUACAACAGGCUCGUGAGCGAGCUCUCGGCUAAGAUCGCCAUUUCAAUCUACUUGCUGUUCUCCUUGUUCGUCGGCUUCUUGCCGUUGAUCAUCCGAUGGGAUCAGCGAGUCGAUCACUUUACCGAUUGCUCGGUGACUGUGUUCCCAAUCGGCAUCGCAGUCUUUUGGGGCAUCGUGCAGCUGUACGUGCCGUGCAUGCUGAUGACCACCAUGUAUGCGCAGGUGCUGGUCGUUGCCCACCGCCACAUUCGUCGGAAUAUGAUGGAAGUGCAGCCACAGAAUGUCGACGUUCAUCCUGGAUCGAUGCCGUUGUCGAUUCUAAAGGCAGAACUGAAGGUCGCCGUCACCGUUGUGAUCAUGCUCACGGUACUAGUCGUCUGCUGGUUGCCGUUCAAUAUUGUCUUCACGAUGGACGUCCACAGCGGCAGGGAGUUGUACUCGAUGGACUUUGUCGGUCCGCUAGCUGUCACCAAUAGUCUCUUCAACCCCAUACUGUAUCUGAUUCGUUUUUCCAAGCUGCGCAAAUCUUGCAUGGUCAUGAUUACGUUGAAAUGUUCACAUAAUUCGCAGUCCACAGUCACUCCGAAUAAUAUGGAAUUGGAAUAA